AUGCAGCAGACAAGGGAGCCGCUGCCGGUGGCUGCCACCGCUGGGGAUGAGGAGCGGCGCCGUAGAAGACGCCGGCGCCUCGCCCGAAAGUCGCCGGAGACGCGCCGACGCCGCCUGCAGUACGCGCGUCGCCACAACGAGAAGGACGGGCGGCUAUUCUACUGCGACUACUGCGAUCUCUUCGUGAGCAGAGCAGCGAAGAGUUGGUUGCAACAUCUGGGCGGGGUGCGGCACAUGGAAGCAAUGGAAGCGUACUACGCCCUGGUGGACGCGCGCGACCCUGUGUGGCUCACCAGCAUCCGUGAGGACGUCUUGCGUGCGCAUAUGGAGGAGCGUGUGCGGCAGCACCAAAUUAUUGCGGGCAAAGGCGCCACCGUCCCCCUCCCUGCCGUAACAAUUGGCUUCUCGGGUCCAAACAGCAUUGUCGUUGGAGGAUCUGAGAAGCAGCAGCAGCGGCCACCGCACACCAGCACGUCUGUAGAUGCGAUGAACUGCAUCGACGCCAACAACAAUAGUAAUGUUGGUGGUGGUAGUGGUGGGGUGAAUGGCUCCCCGUCCGUGCGGGUGGGCGGCCUGCUUGUUGCUGCAGCCACACCGCCGGUGGUGAGGGUGGGCAGCAAAACUCUGGCCGCGCCGCCUGUUGCCAAGCCCGCAUCGCUGUGA